GACAAAGAAUCUCGAUCACAUAAGAAGAAAGAAGCGGAAAAUAUCGUGCAGGAUGUAUUUGAUUUUACCGUGGAUGGGUCUGAGAAAAAUCACAUGACGGAAAUUUCGCUGACGGGCCGUGAGGAAAAUAAUUGCCAAGAAAAGAUAGA